CUGCAUGCGAAUACGUCCAAAUGUCAAUAUUUACAAACACCAACGGGAAAUUUUGAUAAAAAGAUCACCAAGACAUAUUCUCUAAUAAAUGUCAUACUCAGCUUCACUGUUUGUGGUUGAUUGUGGGUUCAAGGUUACAUCAUGAUACCGCGUGUGGACUGAGACAACUUCGACCUUGCAACUCAUAGUCGCAGUCAAGGCGGCAAUGCAUUAUCUCAGCUUUGUCUUGGGACAGCCUAUUGUUCUAUCAGUAACACUCCUUUUAUUCCUAUAUUUAUUAGGAAAGAAAUCACCAAAGCCCACGCGCAAUGGCAAACCUCUCAGAAAACCUCCAAACUCACUACCGCUGGUAGGGAAUGGCAUCAUAUUCCUUCAGCCUCGCCAGCGUCUCUUUUCCUGGUUCCACCGCUGUGAGCGUCUGUAUGGCUACGAAACUCUCCAUAUCACUGUUCCUACUCUACCGCCUGGUGUCAUUAUCAAUAACCCUCAGAACCUAGAGUUCAUUUUCCGCCAUGAGGGAAUCUUUGAAAAGGGAGAUUUCUUCAAACAGCGAUCUUGGGACUUGUUCGGUCAUGGCAUCAUCAACGUGGACGGCGAGUUCUGGCGCCUGCAGCGCAAGGCUGGUCUACGGUUUCUCUCAACAGCUGCUCUGAAGACUCUGACGAGUGACCGAUUACCAGAGUACCUAGAACAAGCCAUUCAUGUUCUCGAGGGAAAAGAAGCUGGGAGAGAUGUAGUGGACUUACAGGCCGUGGUCCACGAAGUGACGACGCAGCUGAUGGGACGAAUGGCAUACAACAUGGAGAUGCACGCUGACGAUGAUUUUACCGUCGCUUUUGAGCAUGCUUCAGGGGCUACAGCUGAAAGGUUCCAGAACCCACUAUGGUUUGCGACAGAAAUGUUCUUUGGAACUCGAAUGCGACGUUCAAUCAGAACUGUCAAGGCCUAUGGGCAUCGGAUCGUCCAGAGCGCAGUUGCUGAUCGCAAGGGAAUGGAGGGAAAGACUCAGUCCGAUGCGCCAGGAAGUCUCAUUCAGUCUUUGCUGGAUGCAAUUGGUGACGACGACCUUGUAGCAGAUGCUGCACUGAAUUAUCUCUCGGCAGGGAGAGAUACUGUUGCUCAGGCACUUACGUGGACGCUAUAUUUGCUCAUGAAGCACCCAGAAGUGACCAACAAGUUAUGCCAAUCGAUCCAAGACCUACGAGAUGAAGUCAGCGAUCGAGAUCGCCCUGAGGACGACCCUGAACUUCUUACUCCGGCACGACUUCCCUACGUCCUAGCAGUCUUCUAUGAAACCCUCCGCCUUCGACCUCCCAUCCCCUUCGAAAUCAAACAAGCUCAGCAAGAAACAAUCCUUCCCGAUGGAACAUUCCUCCCAAAAGGUGCUGUCGUAUUAUGGUGUGCUUGGGCAAUGGGCCGUUCUCACACAACUUGGGGCCCUGAUGCAGAUGAGUUUCGCCCAGAGCGAUGGCUAACUACGUCCCCAUCGGGUGAUGUGACAGUCAUGCAGCGUUCAGCAGCCGAGUUUCCUGUCUUCAAUGGUGGACCUCGAGUAUGUCUAGGGAAGAAAAUGGCAGAGUUGGUUGCUGUACAGACAUUGGCGAGGUUGUUACCUCUGUUUGACUUCAGACCUGCUUUUGAAGGUGAGAGAGUGAGCAAGAGUAGUCUGACUCUACCGAUGGAGGGUGGUUUGCCGGUGUAUGUGCAUGCUAGAACGACCUCCGAGACAUGACAGAGGAUAUCUUCUGUUGAACAAACUUUUAUUACUCCUGGUAUCGCUAUAUAUAGAGUACGCCUAGUCAAAUGUAAUCUUGGAUCCCGCAAAUGCCGCUGUCUUCUCUGCAUCCUUCGCUUGCUUCCUGGCUGCCCAGCUAGGAUGCAACGGUCCUUCAUCAUCCUUCUUCGGAGGCGGCCUCUUCACCUCAGGCUUGGUCUCCGAUCGCGCACUACCGCCUUGUCUGGCCGCCAGAGGAUUGCGAAUGCCCUUCUUCCAGGGUGUUCGUGGACCAUCUCCAGGCUCUACAGCACCACGCUUACCAUCCCAUCCAGAAUCGCGUCCGCGUUGUGUUUCCCACGCAGGCUUUUGUAAGUGCUUGGCCUUGUUACCGAAUUUCUUCUCCCAAAUUGCCUGGCGGGCUCGUUGGCCGCGACGUUUCUUUGCUGGGGCAACAUCUACGUCGGAAGCAGACUCAGAACCUGAGAUGUAACCACCCAUGAGUGUGGGUAGGAAGGUCG